AUGUCAGACGCAUCACGGUUAAAGGCGACGGUCUAUGUAGGGGGACUGGACAACGCCGUAAACACGGAUACCCUUCAUGCGGCAUUCGUACCUUUCGGAGAGAUAGUCGACAUUUCACUCCCCAAACCGGAGCUGCAAUCAUCCACGGACCCGCACCGAGGCUUUGGCUAUGUGGAAUUCGAGCUAGCCGAAGAUGCGAAAGAAGCCAUAGACAACAUGGACCAGAGCGAGCUAUAUGGUCGAGUCAUCAAAGUCGCAGCCGCCAAGCCGCAGAAAGAGCAGCAUGAGGGACUGGGUAGCAAGACAGCAGUUUGGGAGCAGGAAGGCUGGCUGGCUAAGCAUGCCGUCAGUGAGGAGGAUCGAGCGGCGGCCGAGCAAACGGGAGCAGCAACAGCAUCGCCUCCGAUGGAUCCGAUGCAAGGACUCGAAGGUCUGGAUGUUGCCGGACCCAAGCCUGCAUAA